AUGAAAGAUUUAGGAGAGGACAUGGUUAAACACUGUACAGGGCUUCCAUUAGCCAUCAAUAUAUUGGGAGGAAUUUUGGCUACAAAGUAUCCUUCAUUAACUGAAUGGCUGAAGGUAUCUGCAAAUGUGAAAUCAUAUUUGAAGAAUGAUCAAGGUGAAGUACUAAGAAAUGUGUUGGCAUUAAGUUAUGAUGAUUUGCCUCCCUAUUUAAGACCAUGUUUUCUUUACUUAAGUCACUUUCCAGAAGAUUAUGAGAUACCUGUGGAUAGAUUGAUUCAGUUAUGGGUUGCCGAAGGUAUUGUUUCAUCAAACCAAGAAGAAGGAGAUGACGGGCAAAUAGCGGAAGAUGUGGCUGAAGGUUAUUUAAUGGAGCUUGCAGAAAGAUGUAUGAUUCAAGUACAAGAAAGAGACAUUGCAACCUUAAAGAUGAGAAGUUUUCAGAUGCAUGAUCUAAUGAGAGAUGUUUGCUUGUCCAAGGCAAAACAACAAAAAAUCCUCUAUAUUGCCGAUCAGUCAAAUGCAUGCCAGUUAUCCACAAUUGGGAGGGUUCGCAGAGUUUCUGUACACAAAUAUUUUUCGAUCCAGUGCAUUAAAAGUCCACGGCUUCGAUCACUUUUGUUCUUUGAUAAGUUUCUUCCGAACGGGGAACAAGAUAAGAUUUUGAAAUCCAUUUGUUUGGAAAGGUCUUAG